AUGUGUUCCAUAGAAGAAAGAACAAGAAUUAAAAGAUGUUUAAAAUGUUGGUCGCCGAAACAUUUAAUUAGGGACUGUGUAGGACCGGACAGAAGAAACUGCUGCUACAACUGUGGAACAGAAGGGCACCAGACAAAAGAGUGCAAAAACCCAACAAGAUGCCCGGAUUGUGAAAAAGAAGGGCACAGAGCGGCUAGCAUGAGGUGCGAGAUGUAUAGAGCACAAAUAAAGGAAGAUAAGCAGGAAAGAGGUAAUAGGAAAGAAAGUUCGAAAAUCGGAGGAGAAGAGAUGGAAAACACCAGAGAAAGAGAGAAAGAAAAAGAGAAUAUAAAAAUAAGAACUAAUGAUGAACGAGGAUUGAGAGAGGCACAGAAGGCAGAAUGGACAAAACAACAAUCGAGAAAAGUAAAGCAGAGAGAGAAGAAAGGUGAGGAGAAGGGACUGAAAGAAAGUUCAAAGUCCCAACAGCCAGAAAACUAA